ACCAGUUAGCCCGUUUCCUCUUUUUCUGUUUUCGGGCAGAAUGUUUCCUUUUGACCGUUGGUCCUCGCACCCUGCUGUGCCAGUCCAUUGUCCUCAAGAACCGCUGUCUCCCAAGUGCGGAUUUCAGUCUUGGUGAUAUGUUACCAGCUGAACUGUCUCCAAUAGCCAUCAGCUAAGCCGAGCUGCAUUCAGCCAUAACGUUUGUUUUUAUUCAAACUUGAGCAGUUUUCUAGUUGUUCUGCUGAGGUAGUGACAUCCGUUUGUGACGUCAUGCACAUUGACGUCACAAAGAGUGACGCUCUCUUUGUGGAGUUAGGCUGUUCAGCUUAUAGUGCUGAACAUUAUAAGCAUCGCAUCAUAACCGUUGAAGAAGAACGAGAGCGAGCAAGCAAAAGGAUUGUCUCCUAUCAAGAGAUUGAAAACGAAGGAUUUUCCAGAUAAAACGGCAAAUCCUAACAAACAAAAGAAAACAUUAAGCAGUUUUUGGAUUGUCCAGAUAAAAAGUAUCAACAAUGAAUCAGAGCAAUAAGGCAUCGACUUCUGAUUCUGGGAAUGAAAAACUAGCUAGAGAGACACAGAAGCUCCAUGAUCUAUUGAAAGAAGUCAACUUGAUUUCAGCUGAAAGACAGUCGCUGAUUAAAGCCAACGAGGACUUGAAGAUUCAAGUAAUAAACUUAGAAAAAGCUGCACUUGUAAAAGACCAACUGCUUUUGGAGAAAGACGAGGAAUUAAAAAAACUGUUCGACAGAGACAGAAUUUUAAAAGAGGAUAACAUACUAAAGCAGGAAAACACCUCCCUGGGGCAAAGAAACACAGAGUUGGAGCAGAAAAACACCGAUAUGAAGCAACAAAAAGUAUCAACAAUGACUCAGACCAAUAUAGCGUCAUUUUCUGAUUCUAGGAGUGAAAAAAUACAACAGAGUUUAGCUAGAGAGACACAGAAGCUCCAUGGCAUCUUGAAAGAAGUCAAAAUGAUGUCCAUUGAGAGACGGUGUCUGAUUAACACAAAUGAGGACCUGAAGGUUCAAGUCAUGAGCAUUGAAAAAGCUGCACUGGAUAUACACAAGCUGCUUCAAGAGAAAGAAGAGGGAUUAAAACAACUGUUCAAUGUAAACAGAACUUUAAAGGCAAAUAACACCACAUUAAAGCAGAUCAACACUGCCUUGGGUCAAAGAAACACCACCCUGGAGCAGGAAAAUACAGUCUUAGACCAGAAAAUUACCAUCCUGGAGCAGAAAAACACUGCCCUGAAGCUGAAAAGCAGCGCUCUGGAGCAGAAAAGCAAUGUACUGGAAAAAGAAAAGACUGCCUUGGAGCAGGAAAACACCGUCUUGGACCAGAGAAUCAGCACCCUGAAAGAGGAAAACACCACCCUGGAGCAAGAAAGUAACAUCAUAGGAGAGGACAACAUCACUCUGCUGCAGAUUGUCCUUUCUUUGGAGGAGAUAAAUCGUGUCUUGCAGCGGAGAAACCAAGACUUGGAUGAAGAGAACAACGAGCUGCAGGAGCAGAACACCUACCUGAAUCUGAGAAGAAGGACCCUGGAGCAUGAAAAAUCCGUCCUGAUGCUCUCAAUCACUUCUCUGGAGGUGAAAAACACCACCCUGGAGCAGAGGAGCACAAACUUAGAGCAGGAAACAAAUACCCUAACAAUGGAAAACAUCACCCUGAGGCACAAACACACCGCCUUGGAGGAGGAAAAAAGCGCCCUUAAGCAGGAAAACACUGCCCUUAAGCAGGAAAACACUGCCCUUAAGCAGGAAAACACUGCCCUUAAGCAGGAAAACACCGCCCUUAAGCAGGAAAACACUGCCCUUAAGCAGGAAAACACCGCCCUAAAGCUGGAAAACGCCGACCUGCAGCCUGAAGUGGAACAGCAGAACCAGCAACCAUCUGAAGAGGAGAGCCACGAAGGCAGCCAGUCAGAUUCAGACCAGCCACAGAGGCAGCCGUCGGUAUUCAGACGUGUGAUGAAUACGCUUCAGUGCCUGAGAGUGCCAAAGAGAGUGCCAAAGAGGCACUCUCAGGCACUGGCUUGAAAGAUGGCACUUCUAAAUAAAGAAGUGUCAUGAGGGCUCCAAGCUUCAUGCUUGAUUAUAUUUGGCAGAAAAGCUUGAGGACAACAGGACUUUUUCGGUCAGGGGAGCUUGACACUUGGGGGCCGUUGGCAGAAGAGCUUAACGCUUGAAAGUUGUUGGCAGGGGAGGCAGGGCUUCCUGACCUCCAGGGCUUCCUAGCGAGGCACGUUGGUCUCCAAGCUGACCUCCAGGGCUUCCUAGAGAGGCACGUUGGUCUCCUGGCUGACCUCCAGGGCUUCCUAGAGAGGCACGUUGGUCUCCAAGCUGACCUCCAGGGCUUCCUAGCGAGGCCCGUUGGUCUCCUGGCUGACCUCCAGGGCUUCCUAGCGAGGCCCGUUGGUCUCCGGGCUGACCUCCAGGG